AGGGAAAAAAAUUCACCAGCGACCUGUUUCAAGUCCCCCCAAUAGAAACUGUGCCUGAUUUGUGGCCAAUGUUGGAGAUGUAAAAAAAGGGAGAGAGAAGAAGAGGAGGGGGGAGGGAAAACACUAAAGGGGGUAGCUAUGGAGAUAGAGCGUUUUCCUGGCUGCUUUCUUUGACAGGUGUUGAGUGGGGUAAAAGUCUUAAAACAGAAUCCAGCAUGUACGCCAAAGGUAAAGGAGCUGUCGUCCCUUCCGAUAGUCAAGCGAGAGAAAAGUUAGCUUUAUAUGUGUAUGAGUACUUGCUGCACGUUGGCGCACAGAAAUCGGCACAGACCUUCCUGUCAGAGAUCCGAUGGGAGAAGAAUAUCACAUUAGGAGAGCCUCCUGGAUUCCUGCACUCAUGGUGGUGUGUAUUCUGGGAUCUGUACUGUGCUGCUCCGGAUCGACGGGAGACAUGUGAACAUUCCAGCGAGGCCAAAGCUUUCCACGACUAUAGUGCAGCAGCAGCUCCCAGUCCUGUGAUGGGUAACAUGCCGCCCAACGACGGCAUGCCAGGUGGACCCAUGCCUCCCGGCUUCUUUCAAGGUCCACCUGGAUCACAACCGUCCCCACACGCACAGCCCCCACCUCACAACCCCAACAACCCCAUGAUGGGUCCACACGGCCAGCCUUUCAUGUCUCCACGGUACCCAGGUGGACCCCGCCCAUCACUCCGUAUGCCAAAUCAGCCUCCAGGUGUAAUCCCAGGGUCACAGCCACUCCUGCCAAACAGUUUGGACCCCACCAGACCGCAAGGACAUCCAAACAUGGGCGGCCCGAUGAGGAUGAAUCCACCCAGAGGAAUGGGCGGCAUGGGCCCACAGAACUACGGCGGUGGAAUGAGACCUCCUCCGAACUCUCUCGGCGGUCCCGGUAUGCCUGGCAUGAACAUGGGUCCUGGUGGUCGAGGGCCGUGGCCUAACCCUAACUCAAACUCAAUAGCAUACUCAUCUUCAUCACCAGGAAAUUAUGUGGGUCCUCCAGGAGGUGGUGGACCUCCAGGAACUCCCAUCAUGCCAAGCCCAGGAGACUCAACGAAUUCCAGUGAAAACAUCUACACAAUGAUGAAUCCCAUUGGCCCUGGUGGCAACAGACCGAAUUUCCCAAUGGGUCCUGGACCUGACGGUCCAAUGGGUGGGAUGGGAUCGAUGGAGCCACACCAUAUGAAUGGAUCUUUAGGUUCAGGUGAUAUGGAUGGGUUGCCAAAGAACUCUCCGAACAACAUGGCAGGUAUGAACAACCCCCCAGGGACCCCACGGGAUGACGGGGAGAUGGCAGGCAACUUUUUAAACCCAUUCCAAAGUGAAAGUUAUUCACCCAACAUGACGAUGAGUGUGUGAUUUUCUUUGUUGUUUUAUUUUAAUUUUCAUUUUUUUUAACCCUUCCCCCCACCCCUUCCCGACCUCUGCCUCGUCCGUUUUAUUUUAUUUUGUCCGAUCAUUGCACCCACCCCUUCCCAACCAUCACCCUGGGCUGGUGCGGUGGCGCCCCCUAGCGGGUCGGCAUCGCCGCGGACCGAAGGACUCAUGGUAGAACCACCCAGUACAAAGCUGGUGCGGUGACGUCGACUGGAAGAAAGCGAGCCUCGACUCACAGGAAGAGCCUUCUCGUGGAGUCCACCUGCCUGCCCGGCUUCGUCACCGGUUCGGGACAUUGAGGGUCCUCGACGGAUCCACCGCGUGUGUGUGUGUUUGUGUGUGUGUGUGUGGGACUGUGCCAGGAGAUGUUAUCACGCUGCUCAUCAGCAUUGAGACUGGUGGCUUUAUUUCAAACCUGUUUUUUUCAUCGGCAUUUAAACGCUUGAGGACGGAGGCGUCCGCUGUUUGAUUGCCGUGUACAUUUUGAAACCGGAAAUGGUGACACGAUAAAGGGCAGGAAUGGUCUGAUUACAAUAUAUUUGUAUAUUAUUGAUAAUAUUAUUGUUCUAAUUUUCAUAAUUGAUAUUGCUAUGAUGAUGUACUCAUAAUUUUAUCCUGUAAAGGGCACAUUUGUAACUCAACAACAUCGAUGAUAGAAUAAGCACACAUUCAGAAAUGCACAAUGACACUUCUGUUUACAUGAUGAUUUUAGGUAUUUGUCUAUAUGUUUUAGUCGUUUUGUCAGAUGUCUCUCUUUGCAUAUACCUCUGUUCUUAGAACUGAUGUCAUCACUACCAGAGAAACGUACCGAGAUGUACAACCUCAGUUUAGUGUCUAUGUGGCUUCUUAUUGAUAACGAUCACUGGCGUAAUACACCUGAAUGGCACUGUAAUAUGUUUUAAAAAUGUUGCAUUUAUCAUCCUUUUCCGGGCCUCAGCGUGCAGCGUUAAAGGGUUACUGCCAUUGCAUUCACUGCCAUCGGUCCAUUUCAGCAUAACAUAUUUCAUCCACAUGCCACGAUCACCAAAUUGGUCAAUCUCUAGAACGAACACAUGUGACCAUCUAUUCUAGAUAAGUUGCCGUCUAUAGUUGUGAUUUCUCCACUAUGUUUGCCAUUGUUUUGCAAAUGUUUUAGAAUAUUACCCCUGUGUUUGUAAAAGUAGUUGGAAUAAGCAGACUGCUCUUACAAGCACCCGUUUUCUUGUGCUCUAUAGUCCCAUGUCUGUAAAUAUAACUUUUUGGUCAUGGACCUUAUUGGUAUUUUCAAUACACUACUUGUCUGUGAAGCUCAUGUGUGGUGCCAUCUCUUUCUUGAUGUGAGGUUCCAUUUUGCUGCCCGAUACGGAGUCUGCAGACUUUUAUUUGUGGCGUAGUAUGGUGUAGGGUUGGGAUAAAAUGACAAGGGUGCAUCUCACAAGGACAUGCCUGGUCAUAUUUUCUAAAAUGUAGGUUUUUACUCGUGAAAUUCAUAGUUUCAAAGUCAUAUUUCUAUAGUUCUGUUAUUUUCAAAAUAGCGUUACAAUGAAAUAUUACUGGAAUUGUUAUUAAAAUCCGGAUAAAGAUAAAGGUCAACAAGUACGUGACAAACUUUUUUGCGUUGAUUAAAAUAAAUUCCAAGGUUAAAGCAAAAACCUAACAUGGUAAAAUAGGUUUGUCUUUAUUUUUAAGACAUUUUUCUUCAUUUUAAGGGAAAAUAUGAGUCAGGAAUGUCUUUGGUUUUAUGAGAUUCGCUCAGCUAUUGACUGGAAUUCAAAUUCCCAUUGAAAGAUGUGUAACCUCAUUAAACCUGCCAUUUCAUGCCCACAAAUAUUUCAUCAGAUGUUAUAAAACGUACCCAUUGUAAGAAAAACAAAUCUUGAUGGUCACUUUGAAGUUUAAGCUUUUUUCUUGUUUUUGCUUAUGCCAUCCCAGUUAAAAUGCUUUUGUCCAAAAUGUGUUAAGUACAGUACAUAAUGUGUUUUUGGACAUUGAGAGAGCAGGUCCAGGCUCCUGGUAAGUUAAGGUUGAGUGUAGUGUGUGGUGAACAGCCCCUCAUCUUUGCCCGAAUCCUUUCUAGAACCAACCCCCCACCUUUUGUUUUACUGUAAAUACUGUAAAAUGCAUUUUGAUAUCAUUGACAUGUUUUGAUAUGUCAGUCACAGCCAAUGAGUACAGCUGAAAAUAAGUUAUAAAGAUUCUGUUUGUGUUUUUGUAUUUUAAAGAGAUGCUUUUGCUGUAAAAAUGCAGAUCGAUGGUCACCCCUAAAUCGAGUUACAAAAUAGUUUUGCGCAUUAUUUCUUCAAAAAGGAGCAUAACUUCAAUCCAAGCCUGAAUUCCAGACAUUCAGGAAAUGGAUGUGUUGUGUGUUACAUAAUACAGAAUAAUAGUUUGAACAGAACAGAAAAAAAUUGUUAUUUGAUUAAAGAGCACCGUGAGUCAAAAAAAACCACGUCUGCCUAUUGGAGAUUCUACAAUGAUCACCAAAUGAAUUAUAUUAAUUGCUAUAUUAGAAAAAAAAACAUUUUCAUUAAAUCGAGGGACUUUGGGUAUUAUUUUUAAAAAGAGAAAUACAUUAUAAACUUAAAAAAUUAUUUAGAUUUCUAUUCACAAAAGAGAAAUUGUUCAAAUAGAAUUGCUUGGUUGCUCACUGAUCCUCUCAAAGUUUUUAAUUGUUGACCAUCUCUGCACUUUUGUUGUGAUGUAUUAUAUUGUAACAUUAGGAAGAUGUUUUCAAAAGGAAUUAUGCAUCGAGGAAGGGUCAUGGGAGGGAAUGACAGAAAUUCUUCUGUAAUUUUCGUUGUCCUUUCUUGCGACAUGACAGUAUUCAAUAUGAAGCAGUCUGUCCCUUUGGGUUUGCUUUGUAUUUCAUAGUAGGGUAGCUCGGAUCAUUGUCCCUAGGGCCUAGAUGUCUUGUGUAGGUAAAUAUGUCCUUUGUAUGUUUCUUUAUAUUGUAAAGUUUCUUUAGAAUCAAAGAAGAAAAAAUAAAAUUUGCUUAUAAAAAGAAAUGAUUGCAUCAAUAAUAAAUGUAAUUUGAUAUUU